AAAAGCUCCACCAGAAAGCCCUUAACUUUAUUACCGCUACUAUCAUCAUCAUCUUCAACAUCGUCACUAUCUUUGUUCCUGACUCCACCAUAAUAACCAGAAAACUAUGUACAGACACACCAGUGUAUCUUCCCAGAGAAGAUCUUGGCCAUUAUGGAGAACCAUCCUUAUUUUUCUUGGAGUCGUGGCAAUCUUGGGAUUAACCAUUGGUCUCCUCAUCCACUUCCUGGCAGUUGAAAAGACUUACUAUUACCAAGGUGAUUUUCAUAUUUCUGGAGUCACAUACAAUGAUAAUUGUGAAAAAGCAAUUUCACAGGCCAGCGCAGAUCUAAGCAAAGAUAUUGAGACUAAGAUGUCUGAUGCAUUUCAAAAUUCUAAUGUAUACAAAGAAUAUAUAAACUCUCAGGUCAUCAAACUUCUUCCUGAUUCCAAUGGUUCGAGUGUACACUUACAGUUGACAUUCAAGUUUCCUCCAGCAAAAAAGAAUAGCAUGAGGCCUAAAAUCAAGGCCAUCUUACAUCAGAUGUUGAAGGACAACAUGGCAUUCUGGAACGCAGUUCCCACUUCCAUUAAACUUACAGAAAUCAGCAAGUAUAAUGCUGAAAUGCUUACCAACAACUGUUGUGGAAGAAGACUCACCAACAGUAUCCCAGUAGGCAACCGAAUUGUGAAUGGGGAAAAUGCCCUGGUGGGAGCCUGGCCAUGGCAAGCAAGCAUGCAAUGGAAAGGCCAACAUCACUGUGGCGCCUCUCUGAUCAGCAGCAGAUGGCUCCUAUCUGCAGCUCACUGCUUUGCUAGGAAAAAUAAUUCAGAAGAUUGGAUGGUUAACUUUGGAACUGUAGUAAAUAAACCAUAUAUGACACGGAAAGUUCAAAACAUUAUUGUUCAUGAAAAUUUUAGUAGCCCUGGGAUUCAUGAUGAUAUUGCCCUUGUACAGCUCGCUGAAGAAGUAUCUUUUACAAAGCAUGUUCGUAAGAUUUGUCUUCCUGAAGCCAAAAUGAAACUCUCAGCAAAUGACAGUGUUGUAGUUACAGGAUGGGGAACACUUUAUAUGAAUGGUCCUCUUCCAGUGAUACUUCAGCAGGCCUUUUUGAAGAUUAUUGAUAACAGAGUUUGCAAUGCUCCAUAUGCAUUAUCUGGCUUGGUGACUGAUACAAUGCUAUGCGCUGGAUUUAUGUCAGGAGAAGCAGAUGCCUGUCAGAAUGAUUCUGGUGGACCACUGGCUUACCCCAACUCUAGGAGCAUCUGGCACCUUGUUGGAAUAGUAAGCGCGGGAGAAGGGUGUGGUAAAAAGAAUAAACCAGGUGUCUACACUCGAGUGACUGCUUAUCGUGACUGGAUUACCUCCAAGACAGGACUCUGAAAGAGAAGUAACUUUGGAACAUAACAGAAAGACAACUAUAGGAUAUUCUUAUCCAUUUUCUCAAAAUAUUUUUCUUUUCACUGUUUAUAUACCAAUUAUUUUCUUACAUACAAAUGAAUGAAGGUCUUGAUUAAUGUUUUAUUUUAUCUAAAACACUAUCCAUUCAUUUAUUUAUCUAUUUAACUAAUAUAGGAAGCAGAAAGAAAAAGAGAAAGAUCAAAAUAUUUUUAUUAAUACCUUAGUUCUGGUUUACCUUGCCAUUAAAUUAAGAAUAUACUUUAUUUUUCAGAAUUAAAAAAAAUUCACAUUUUAUUAGUAUGAGAACAAAUAUGCUAGAUAUGCCAAAUAAAUUAUUUUUCAUUCUAUAAGUUACAAAUUCAUGUUGUUAAACUGGACUGUAUAAGACAAAUAAUGGACAUUCACAUUUUAUUUAUAUUUGAGAUAGCUUUUACGAUCUCGUAAAAUCUUAUAAUCUUGGAAUGGAGAAGGGAUAUCAGAAGUUCAGCUAGUCCAAGUCUCUUAAUCUAUAGAGUGAGGAACACUAAGCGGAACAAUUAUUUGCUUAAAGUCAUUCUUCAGCCUUUGAUAGACUGUAACCCUCACAUAAAUUUUUCCUCAAUAAAAUUUAAAUUCAAAAUGAGUCAAGAAUUUUAAAAUGACUUAAAGUUAUAAUUAUUUAUAUAAUAUUUUCUUCAUGUCCUUUUGUCAUCUGUUUGCAUUCUCAGGGAAGAGGAGAGUAUGGCACUUAUUAUAGUAGCUCUCUU